AAAGCUAUUUAUCGUCUCCCUUUUUCUGUAACAAUUCACAGGUAUAGUAUUAGUACCUUCUUUCGAGAUUUCCUUCGUUCUUUUUUUCAACUCCUAUUCACGAUUCCUUUCGUACUAGACUGGACUUACGUCUCCUCUUCUUCUUCUUCGUUAUUUUUUUCUAAUUGACAUCCUCUCUGAACUCUCUAAUGGAGUCUCUGCAAAUCAACUUUGUAAUUCCAUGCAAAUCGAAUAUGUGUUCUUCACAAUCAUAUCGCGAUUAUAAUGUCCGGCGAGUGAGUUUUGCUCGUAGAAGAAACAGAAAAGAAAGGUGUCUGCGGGUUAGAAGUGGACCAGUUAAAAGUAGCAGUGAAAGUGGGAUUGAUAAUCCAAAAGAUGGAUUCAAUAUCGUCGAAAAUAAGGAUGAAGAAAAGAGUCUUUUACUGGGUGAAGAGAGGGAUGGUUCUGGUUCUGUUAUCGGGUUUCACUUGAUUCCCCAACUUGCUGAUCAUGAGGUCAUUGGCUCUAAAGAAGAUGAAACCAUUCACGAGGAAGAGAAAACUGAGGAUGUUGAAGGAGAAGAGAAAGCUAAAACCAGAGUAACCUACAAUAUUGUUUUUGUCACUUCUGAGGCAGCACCUUAUUCAAAGACAGGUGGACUAGGAGAUGUUUGUGGUUCUUUGCCUAUAGCACUUGCUGCUCGUGGACAUCGUGUGAUGGUCAUCUCUCCCAGAUACCAAAAUGGUACUAUUGCAGACGAAAAGUUUUCUGGUGCUUCAGAUCUGGAUUCUCACAUCAAGAUAUAUUGCUUCGGAGGGGUGCAAGAAGUUGCCUUUUUCCACGAAUAUAGAGAAGGUGUUGAUUGGGUGUUUGUGGACCAUGCUUCAUACCAUAGACCUGGAAAUCCAUAUGGUGACAGUUAUGGUGCUUUUGGUGAUAAUCAGUUUCGAUUCGCUUUACUUUGCCAUGCAGCAUGUGAAGCUCCACUGGUGCUUCCACUUGGAGGCUUCACCUAUGGAGAGAAAUGUCUGUUUCUAGUUAAUGACUGGCAUGCCAGCCUUGUACCAGUGCUUUUGGCUGCAAAAUAUCGUCCACAUGGAGUUUAUAAGGAUGCCAGAUGUAUUCUUGUAAUCCAUAACCUGGCUCAUCAGGGAGUGGAACCUGCAGCAACUUACAAGAAUUUGGGACUUCCGUCGGAGUGGUAUGGAGCAUUAGAAUGGGUUUUCCCUACAUGGGCAAGAACACAUGCUCUUGACACUGGUGAAGCUGUGAAUAUCCUGAAGGGUGCAAUCGUGACAGCCGACCGAAUAGUUGCCGUGAGCAAGGGCUAUGCAUGGGAAAUAACCACCCCAGAGGGUGGAUAUGGUUUACAUGAGCUAGUGACCAGUCGCAAGAGUGUUCUUAAUGGAAUUAUAAACGGCAUUGAUACUGUUGAAUGGGACCCUUCCAAGGAUGAGCAUAUCGCCUCCUGUUACUCCAGCAACGAUUUGUCCGGGAAGGUCGAGUGCAAGAUUGCUUUACAGGAGGAAUUGGGUCUUCCCCUUAGGCCUGAAUGUCCAAUGAUUGGUUUCAUCGGGAGACUGGACUACCAGAAAGGCAUUGAUGUGAUUCGAGCAGCAACUCCAGAACUUAUGGAAGAUGAUGUUCAAUUUGUUAUGCUUGGGUCUGGAGACCCGCAAUUUGAGGACUGGAUGAGAACCAUGGAGGCUACCUACAAGAACAAAUUUCGGGGUUGGGUUGGAUUCAAUGUUCCAAUUUCUCACAGAAUUACUGCAGGCUGUGAUAUACUGCUGAUGCCCUCAAGAUUUGAGCCCUGUGGGCUAAAUCAACUGUAUGCAAUGAGAUAUGCAACUUUACCAGUAGUUCAUGCAACUGGAGGACUUAGAGAUACCGUUGAGACAUUCAAUCCCUAUGCUCAUGAGGGCAGUGGUGAAGGUACAGGGUGGACUUUUUCUCCGCUGACAAAAGAAAGUAUGUUGGCGGCACUAAGAGUUGCUAUUAACACUUACAAAGAACACAAAUCAUCUUGGGAAGGAUUGAUGAAGAGAGGAAUGCAGAGAGACUUCACUUGGGAAAAUGCUGCGGCUCAAUAUGAGCAGGUUUUCGAGUGGGCGUGCAUCGAUCCUCCUUACGUCACCUGAGUAAGAAGGA